GUUUGCCUAGAAACGUACAUGACGACUGCACACAGAUAAGUGGCUCACCUGUUGUGUGAUUGGUAAAGAGAAAAGUACUCGCAGAAAACACGGGCCAAAAAUUGGCCUGAUACUUCAUCAGAGGAAAGGAACCAUUGCGAUUGCACCAUGACGUCCAAGGACGACACCAAAACGUACUUGUCAAAGCGGGAGAUUCCCCAGUUAUUUGAGAGUCUCAUGACUGGGCUGAUGUACCACAAACCAGGCAAUCACGUGGACUACAUGCUGGAAUGCCUGGGCAAGAUUAAAGACAACAAGAGCGAGGCCGUCCGCUGGAACACGUUUGUUGAUGGGGCGAAAGGUCAAGCUCCCUUGCCCCCAAUUCAAUCCCAAGAUGCCCCUGUACUAGAUAGGGAGCCAACUUUCACGACAGAGGUACCAUUGGAGAUGAAGCGUUCUAGCGCCCUACCCCCCAUCGCUACAUCCCCAGGGGCAGCUACGGCCUCUAAGCAAGGCAUCCCUCCACCACACACUAGGUUCAUCUUUGUCAUUGGUGGGCCAGGCAGUAGUAAGAGUGAGCAUUGUAAGCGGCUGACUGAUCGAUACAAUGGCUAUGUCCACAUCUCAGUGGGUCAUAUGCUGAGGAGAAAGAUUAAGAAGUACACUGAGGACAAGUGGAAGAUGCUGGCUGAUGCAGUGCUGAACGGACAACAGGUGCCUCAUGAAACAGCCUUUGAGUUGGUGCAAGCCAAGAUUAGCAGUAAGGUGCAGAAACUGUCAGACAUCCAGGGAUUUAUCAUAGAGGGGUUCCCCCGGGGUAUGGAACAUGUGCAGGCAUUUGAGAAACAGUUUGGAGCAGUUGAUCUGGUGUUAUAUCUGAUGUGCGAUGAGACACGCCUCAGAUUUCGCCUGGAAAAGCGCAAGGAUACCAGUGGCCGGUCUGACGAUACAGACGUAGGAAUUACCAACAGGCUGGCAAACUUUAGCAGCAGCGUACCGGUUAUUAUGGACUACUUCCAACAGAAAGGGGUCUUGCAUCAGGUCAACUGUGAUCGUGAUGUGGAGGAGGUUUUCUACGAUGUGGCAAACUUGUUUGAUUCCCGGUUCUUCACGCAGGAUGCUUCAGAUAAUAGUGAACAAGUAGGAAAGGAUACAAUGUCAAAGCCGCUUCCCCCGAUCCAAACUGGAGAGAAGACUGAAACAGACAAGAAGGACAAACCCGAGGCAGCAGAAGAGGAAGAAGCUGUCGUUUCUGAAACGUCGGGAAUCAUGUCAGCUGUUAACCACCUUGCUGGAGAUGAUGAGAGGAAAGAAGAUAGUGCAGAGAAGAGCAUCGUAGACAAGAUGGCAGAAGAGAAGGCAGCUCUUGGUGCUGAAGGCGUGGCAAUGAUGGACAUGUUCAAUAAGAUUGAAGAAGUAUCAACAGGAACACCAGAAGAUAAAGACAAGCCAGAGUCCCAGCCUUCAGAUCAGCCUAUCGUAACUGAGGAACCUAUCACCUCGGAAGAAGCUUACAUAACUGGAGACAAGGGAAGAGUUCCAGAUGAAGACGCUGUAACCGAGGAACCUAUCACCUCAGAAGAGGCUAACAUAACUGGAGACAAGGGAAGAGUUCCAGAUGAAGACGCUGCUGAGAAGCUGAAGAAGUGCAAGAUCAUCUUUGUCAUUGGAGGACCCGGGUCCGGCAAGGGAACACAGUGUGAGAAGCUUGUGGACACCUAUGGAUUCACACACCUGUCAUCUGGUGACCUCUUGAGGGCAGAGGUCAAGUCAGGGUCAGAGAGAGGUCAAAGGUUAACAGCUAUUAUGGAGGCUGGUGACCUUGUCCCACAGGAGACAGUGCUGGAGUUAUUGAAGGAGCACAUGUUGGCCAAGGCUGAUACGUCCACUGGUUAUUUGAUCGACGGCUACCCACGAGAGGUUCAGCAAGGAAUUGAGUUCGAGAAACAGUUCGCAGAAUGCACUUGUGCCCUGUACUUUGAGGUCUCCGAUGAAACGAUGACAACAAGGCUCCUGAAGCGUGCUGAGACAAGCGGACGAGUGGAUGACAACGAAGAAACCAUCAAGAAGAGACUGACGACAUUCCAUAAUGCUACAACACCAGUGGUGGACCACUAUCAACAGAAGAACAAGAUUAUCAAGGUAUCAGCUGAAACAGAUCCUGACAGUGUGUUCUCAUGUGUGAAAGAUGCUUUGAAGGAGCGCGGUAUCGAGUCUCAGAAUUCAGCCGAGAAGCUCAAGAAGUGUAAGAUCAUCUUUGUCAUUGGAGGGCCAGGGUCCGGCAAGGGAACACAGUGUGAGAAGCUUGUAGACACCUAUGGAUUCACACACCUGUCAUCUGGUGACCUCUUGAGGGCAGAGGUCAAGUCAGGGUCAGAGAGAGGUCAAAGGUUAACAGCUAUUAUGGAGGCUGGGGACCUUGUCCCACAGGAGACAGUGCUGGAGUUAUUGAAGGAGCACAUGAUGGCCAAGGCUGAUACAUCCACUGGCUAUUUGAUCGAUGGCUACCCACGAGAGGUUCAGCAAGGAAUAGAAUUUGAGAAACAGAUCGCAGAAUGUACCUGUGCCCUGUACUUUGAGGUCUCCGAUGAAACGAUGACAACAAGGCUUCUGAAGCGUGCUGAGACAAGCGGACGAGUGGAUGACAACGAAGAAACCAUCAAGAAGAGACUGACCACAUUCCAUAAUGCUACAACGCCGGUGGUGGACCACUAUCAACAGAAGAACAAGAUUAUCACCGUAUCAGCUGAAACCGAUCCUGACAGCGUGUUCUCUGUUGUGAAAGAUGCCUUAAAGGAGCGCGGUAUCGAGGCUGCCAGCUCGGCCAAACAACAGAGGUUCAUUUUUGUCAUUGGUGGCCCUGGCUCUGGCAAGAAAGAAGUCGCCAAGAAAAUGGCCGCCCAGUACAAGCUGGUCCACCUCUCCGCUGGUGAACUCUUGAGGGCUUUCUCUGAGCUUGACACCCCAGAGAGCAAAGAGGCUGCUCAAGUCAUCCAGGCCGGCAGUCUGGUGCCUCAGGAGGUUCUAUUCAAAGUCAUGCAAGAGGAGGUGAAGACCAAUGCCUCGGCCGACGGGUUUGUGAUCGAUGGGUUUCCGAGGACGGUAGCACAGGCCGAGCUGUUUGUAAGCGAGUUUGGUUACAUCGAGGGCGCACUGUUCUUGGAAGGAGUACGUGAGGAACUUCUCAACAACGUCUCGUCCCGGGCUGAAUCCAGCGGACGAUCAGACGACAGCGCAGACGUUGCUGGCGCUAAGCUGGAUGUGUUCGAAGCUGAACUGCCUGCUGUCCUGGGAUAUCUAGAAAAACAGAACAAGGCGGUGAAAAAGGAGCUUUCAUUCAAAGAUGCAGCAGAUGAUGUGGACAUGCUUCUGGAUGUCUUGAAUGCGUUCAGCGCCUCAGACAAGUAGAUCAGAUACUCCAGGUUUGCUCAGAGACAAUCUGUUCAUCUCUCAGAUGCGGUGGGUUCAUUGCGGUAUUGUGUAUGAGAGGUUGUAGGCAGUAGUAUUGCAAACAGGUAUAUAUACCAAAAUACUGUGAUUCCGUCCUUUGUAAAUGUGUUUUUGCCUUCUCUUGGCUUUAGUGCUAGUGCCAUCCAAUUCAGUCUUGUGUGAUAAUAUUAUGGGACUUUGAACGUACAUGUACUUCUAAUUGGUUACUACUCGGUUUAUUCUGACAUGGAAGCCAGUGUAUGCCCUCCAUGUAGCCUGGAUUGGCUGUUGGGUUGAGGCUUUGACAGCGCCCUCAAUAUGUCAAGCACAGAUCCAAUAGGAGUAUAUCAAUCAACUAUCAUAGUUUCUUUCGGGGAGGCACAAAGAUUUGGUAGUAUUUUAUUUUUAAUAGGCAAGUUGUAAAUAGCUAUGCAUUUCAAGAUUUUUGUUUGUGUACAAGAGACACCAGGAUUUGGUUACGGGAGUUCUUUCAGAAGUAACUGUGAGGUCCUUUUUUUUUUGCGAGUCUUUCCUUGAACUUCUUUGAUCAAAUCUGCACUAAGAGGUGUGAUUAUUUGCAUGAUACCAUUUGUAGGACUUAUUUUUGUAGAAAGUGAAAAUUUCAAACUAAAUAAUUUCCUUGGCCAUGUGAAAGUACCCUGCCUUGGAAGGAGAUGUUUCGGCCGUGAUUUUAUUUUUAUAUUUUGAUUUCAUAUUUUGGUGAACAAUGUUAAUAAUGUAUUCUUAUUCAUCCACAUUUUAUUAGAAAUAGCUUGCUGAAUUUGACGAGAGACUCAUUCUUAUUUGAAAAUAUUUGUAGCUUUGGGGGCAUUUUCCCAUAUUUCUUGUGUUAGUUCACUUUCUAUGUAAACAAAUUUUUUGAAUUGUGUAUUCAACUAAAUUUGUAUGAGAUGUUUAUUCUUAUUUGCUUUGACAAAUCAAUUGACUUCAGGGACAAAUUUGCCUGCCAGGCUGAAAUCUAUAAAUAGUUUUGUGUUAUGAAAAGCAAUAUUAACCUAAUACUGCUUCAUUCAUAUUGGGGAUAAAAAAAAAUGACUAUAGCAACUACAGUGUAUAAGUUCACUAAUCCUGAUAUGAAAUAUGUGGAUUUGUGUUUAAUGCCCAACUUUGCUUUUUUGGGGCAAAAAAAGAAAAUGUACAUAUGUAGAAAUGGCGAAUAGAUUUUGCACUGUUCUGUCUCCUUUUGCACAUUAUAUAUUAAAGUAUACACACAUACGUAUGAGUAUGACACCACUGUGCCUUUCAUGACUUUCAAACAAAAUAUCACUUUUUUCACGUUGGAAUCCGAUAUCCUUUGAAACACUGAGCAAUAAACUAGCAUUUGUACAAUACAUGUAGAUGUUUUCAAAGCUUACAUUUAAUAUAACUUUCUUUACAAUUGUAAAUUAAAAAGAAGUGGCUAAAAUCUUAACUUUGAUUAGAAAAAAAGAUUAGAAACGACUUUUUAAGGUAUGAAAAAAAUAAAAUGUGAAAUGAAAGUGUUAUGCUAAUAACUCACCAACAAUGUUGGAGAACUGAUCUGAGGACGCAAAAGCUGUAUAUAUUAGAUUUUAUGUGUAUAUAUGGUAAGAUAACUGUACUUACUUCAAUGACUCUUUGCUAAAAUUUCGUCAGCCCAUUAUUUUAUUUCAUGACAAUCUCAUUCAAAUAUUUCGUUAAGUAUGUUUAUAAUGAAAAAUGCUAUUAUUCAAAAGUUUGUUAGUACUUCUUUUGUGUGAGUUUGGUUUAAUAAUCAUCUUAGUAGCAUCAUCCAGUAAUGUCAGUCGUGUACGAUGCUGAACUACACUAAUACUAAACUAUUACAACUAACAAGAAGAUUAAAACUACUGUGAAGAAUUGAA